UUCAAUAUUGUUAGUAUAUAUAUUCUUAUAAGGAUGGAUAUUAAAUACGUUUAUGUGAAGACGCGUUCAGAAUUCGGUAAACAAUGCAUCUUCGAUAUUUGCGGACCGAACUUGGACGAGGAGAUCAAACCGAAUCCUCAGGAGAUGCGCAAUUUCAUCGUGAAGAGCCAAUGUCAUGUCAACACGCAGUACACGAAGCAAAUAGCGUUACAUGAGAUUCAAACAAAAGCGGUGAAAAUGAAGAACAACGGAAUGUACCAUUAUGAGGGUGGUUGGCCAAAGGAAAUCCAUCCUCGUGACGAUGAAACUAUCGCUAGAUAUCGCAGGCGAGUGGAGAAGGAUGAUGAGUGGGCUCCAACAUUACGUUACCUACUUGCGGAUAUGGAACAUAGUAUUCUUUUGAAUAACGCUGUUAAUAUACACGAUCAUUAUUUUGACGAUAUGAUACCGACUACCUUAACAACAGAACGAGAGAUCAGACUUGUAAAUGUUUUUCCGGAUCAGGAAACUCCUGGUAGACCGGUGACUGAUAUUAAUUGGUCGCCCGAAGAAACAAAGAUAGUAGUUUGUUAUUGCUUCGAUAAUUUAAGAAGAGAAAUCGACUAUAGUAUGCUCACGUAUAUAUGGGAUUUAGCAAGUCCGAAUAAGCCGUGUAUGGCUCUUAAUGCUUUGUAUCCAACAAUGGUAUGCCAAUUUAAUCCUCGAGAUCCUUUUAUACUUUGUGGUGGUCUUAUGAACGGACAAGUUUGUUGCUGGGACGUCAGAAAAAGUAUUGAACCGGUUCAGCUAUCCUAUCCUCGAAACAGUCAUAGAUACUCAACGACUUCUGUAAAGUGGAUCUAUACGAAGACCAAUACAGAAUUUUUCUCGAGUUCUUGGGACGGUCAAGUUCUAUGGUGGGACAUGCGAAAUCUACGUCAACCAACCGAACGUUUAAUCUUCGAUCUCGAAUAUCCGAACGAACCAUCGAUGGAAAGAUCGAUUGGGAUAUCUUCAGCAAAUUUCGAACCUUCUAUGAGUACAAAGUUUAUGUUCGGUUUACAGAAUGGUAUUGUUAUCAGUGGUUCAAGAAAAGUGAAGACAAACGCAGAAAAAUUGUCCGUGAGAUUCGAUACUCAUAGUGGAGUGGUAAAGUCUGUUGAUCGUAAUGUCUUCAGUCCAAAAAUAUUUUUAACUGUCUGCAAGACGAGCACACGGAUUUGGGCGGAGGACACUAGAGAAGGCAGUUUAAUAACAAUUAGGAGUCGAGGACCGAUUCAGGCUUGUUGGAACAAAACCAGACACUCUCUUUUUUACAUCAUAAAAGAAAAUGGUCAACUAGAGGUCUAUGAUAUUUUAGAGAAUCUCGAGAAACCAAUCAUCGAGUUAUAUCUCAGUGACGUCAGUCUAACAACAAUGGCAGCCCACGAAAAUGGACAUUUAUUAGCCAUUGGUGAUAAAAAUGGAAACAUUUUUUUGACUCGUUCGACCGAUUCUUUGGGAAAAUUCGAUAGGAAUGAAAAAAACAAUUUGACCAUGGGAUUCGAUAGAAAUUCGAGGCAUGUGAAAGCGGUGGAUGCUCGUCUCAAAGAGAUAAGAAUAUUAAGGACGUUGGAAAUAAAAGAACCGUCGAAAGAAGAAAAGAUUAGCAAGGCUAAGAAUAAAAAUAAAACAAGAGCGAAAAUGACAAAAAAUGAAGCUAUGACACAGAAAAAUAAAAUUAAAAAAGGAAAGAAAAGCAUGCGAGAGGAAUUUCCUGAAAUUUUGUUUGCCGAAGAUAUGUUUUUUGAGACUGUAGAAAAGGAAAAACAAAAAUUUGAAUUGGACAAUGAUCCAGAACUGAAAUACUCGACGUUCGUACAAAAAUUCAAUACAAAACAAUUAAAAGUAAAAGAAAUUGACAAGACAAAAGAUGAUUCGAAAGAGAAAAUGAAAGUAAUAAAAAAGAAAAGGCUUAAAGUAUCAAAACAAAUGCUCUUGGAUAUGAUAACAGAGAAGGAAAAGAUUGAACAAACGAUUUCUGAGUUAUUAACAGAAACUAGAGUUGAUGAAAUGGUGCCAACCAUGAGAGGCCUUAAAAAACGUAAGAUAAAGAAAAGAAUGAGAGUCAAGAAGUUCAACCUUCGUCUUCCAAGAUCUUGCACAAUUGUAUGCCAACCGAAAGUCUGCUGUUGGCGUAAAACUUGGCUUUCAAGAAAAUAUGCGCCUCAUAUGAGGAAGAAGCUAAGAGAUCCAACAUUAACUGCAUAUAAAACUAAAAAAUUUUUUAGACAUAUGCUAGAGUUACCUGUGGAAUUCGAUAUAGAGCUUGAAAAGGCUAAAAAGGAGAUUCAUCGAGCGAAGAAGCCGACCAAUUGGACUCGAAAGAAACAAUUAGUCGAAUUAAUUUUGUUAACUCAGUAAGUUAUAUUUGAAUGUAUCUUAUUUUUGAUUUUUUCGAGCGAACGUUUAAAGGAAAAAAUUU